CAGCUGGACAGUUGACAGAGUCAUACAAUGGUACAGUACCUAGACUCUGCUAGGGAGACUACCUCCACCCACGAGGAGCUGAUGGAUGACUUACGUCAAUGGACAGAGCCUCCAGUCAAGACUGCAGAGCCUCAGGUCUUCAAGAGGCAAAUCGUCUGGUUCCCCAACGCUCUUGGCUUCCUGGCCCUCCAUGUCGGGGCUGUCUACGGCAUAUUCCUGGGACUUGUUUAUGCAAAGGCCUACACACUUAUCUGGUGUGUAUGCUUGAUGGUAUUAGCAGGACAAGGUGUUACUAUGGGAGCUCAUAGGCUCUACUCUCACAAGGCAUUCAAAGCCAAACCUGGGCUCAGGCUUGCAUUGGUGCUUCUUCAGACAAUGGCUGGGCAGAACUGCCUUUACAUCUGGGUGAGAGAUCACCGGCAGCAUCACAAGUACAGCGACACGGACGCAGACCCCCAUAACGCCCGACGAGGGUUCUUCUUCUCCCACAUCGGGUGGCUCAUGUGUCGCAAACACCCUGAGGUCAUUGCCAAGGGGAAAACCAUCAACAUGAGUGACCUGGAGGCCGACCCCUUCGUCAUGUUCCAGAAGAAGUACUACAAGACAUUGUACACGCUGUUGUCGCUGGGGUUGCCAAUGAUGGUCCCUGUUUGGCUGUGGGGUGAAGACCCUUAUAUUUCAUUUAUGACCUGCUUCCUCGGUAGAACCAUCCUCAGUCUCAAUCUGACGUGGUUGGUGAACAGCGCAGCUCACAAGUUUGGCAACCGACCAUACACCAGAGACAUAGUUCCAGUGGAAUCUCAGUUUGUGUCUAUGAUAGCGAUGGGAGAAGGUUGGCACAACUACCACCACACAUUCCCAUGGGACUACAAGGCGGCUGAGCUCGGACAGAAGUGGAACUUGACCACCACGCUGCUUGACACCUUUGCCCGCUGGGGCUGGGCGUACGACCUCCGUGCAGCCUCCCCAGCGAUGGUACUACACAGGAUACAGCGGCGAGGGGAUGGCACCCAUCCGUGGUCCACUGAGGAUCAAUUCAGCUCUGAGGAGAUUUUUGAGAGGAAGUUGCUCAGAAGUACUGGUCUUUGAUGGUCGUUUCUAGUCUAUAAGGCUGCAAUCUGCAAACUGAAAUUUGUGAUAUUAGUGUUAAUAACUUAUUCAGGGUGUGCGGUUGUGAUUUUAAUAAAAUGUUUUCUUUGUAUGGUUUUUUA